ACGGCGGUAAAGUGGACACUGGACAGCGAUUGUUAUUUAAUAUAUCUCAUUUUUUUUUCAAUUUUAUUAAAAAACUAUUGAUUUUCAUAACUGUAGUUUUCUUGUAUUAUUCAUUUUUCAAAUUUUAAAAUAAUGAGUAUUUUAAUAGAAAUUGUAGAUGUUGUAAAAAAUGGAAGUAAUAUUGAUUCCAGUUGUCAAAAAGUUAGCAAAGGUAAUCUAAAAAUAAUGAAAGAUUUAAAAUGUAUUUAAUGUAUAAUAAAAUUGUAGAUGGUAAAAAGCUGUCUAAUUGAAUUUAAAAUAUAUAUUUAUUUAAUGUAUAUUUAAAAUAAUUUAAAUAGUUAUUACUAUUUAAAUAACUUUAAACAAAUUAUUAAACAAUUAUUUUUUUUAGAAAUAUCAGAUAGAACUCUAACAUUCCUUCAAUUUAUUGAAAGUUUGGAAGAAAUUUUGACUUCUACAGACAAAGAUAUUCGCUUAAAUGGAAUUAAGGCAUUAGUAUCAGUCCUUAAACAAUUGUCUUUAGAUUUUUUUGCAUCUGAAGAAUUGGAAUACAUUAAUAAAUUUUUGUGUGAUCGUUUCAUAGAUCAUCAUUCAUUUGUACCAAUUGUUUUACAAGGAAUUGUGUAUACUGUAAUCAUCUGCUUAAUUCUAUUGCUUAUUAAAUAAAAGUAUUGUUAAAUUAUGUACAUUCCUAUAGAUACAAAUGAAAAAUUUUUCCAAAGACAUGAUUGUACGGUAUUUGAAUACACUUAUGCCUCAUUUUCAUUGUCAGUCACAACUUCAAAAUGACAGACAUACAUUUUAUCAGAUUUUACAUCAGAUUUUUUUAAAUCGACUAGAAGGUAAUUAAAUGUUUUAGUAUGUAUUAUAAUGUUUUGUAUUAUGUUGAAUAUAGUAAUAAGUUUAGGGAUCCCAUAUAUCCCGUAUUAUACAGGAUUAUACUGUAUAUGAGACAAGUGGCCUGGUGUCUGGACCAAAUGUUCUAAACAACACUUGUCCUGUAUUUUGAAUCACUCAUUCCAUAUAUGCCUUAAUGUUCCUUAUUUCAAAUUAUACAAUUCAAAUUUGUUUGAUCAAUAAUAUCUAGUUUUGUCAAAUAAUUUUAUCUGCAAAAUAUAUUUUGAUUAAAUAAAUUGGGAUUAAUUAUUAUAAUUACUAAGAUCAGAACCCCAAUUUUUUUUCAAUUCUUUUUGUUACUUUUUUCAGCUAUUAGUUGACACACCUAGGGCCUAACAGUAGACACGUCCUAUCAUGAGAUUGGGAAGGUAGUAUUACUGUAGACAGAUUAGAUUUUUGAAUAAUGAUAACAUAUUAAUAUUUUAGUUAAUUUUUAACAUUAAUUUUGAUAUAAAAGACUGCCUAAAAAGUAAACUUGAUAACUUGAGUUACGGACCAGUUUUGAGAGCCAUGUCCUUAUAUAUUAUAUCACCUCCCUCUCAAACCACAUGGUUGCAAUGUAUGUACAUUUUAAAUAUGAUUUAAAAUGUCCCAUAUUUAUAAUAAAUAAAUCUGGAAUUCCUAAAUAACUAAUAUUUUAGUAAUUAGUUAAUUAAUAGUUUUAUUUAAUGAAACUAAAUUAUUACUGAAUUAUAAACUUAGUAUAAAAAUAAAUUAUAACUUUAUUAAAAAUAAUAAGUUGUUAAUUUGAAAAAUAAAUUGGUUUUAGAUGUGCGUUUUAUGGGCCCUGAUUUUCUAUAUUUUGUGAUUUCUUCAAUGGAUGGUGAACGAGAUCCUAAUAAUUUAUUACUACUUUUUAGAAUUCUGCCUCAAUUUUUAAGAAAUUUCCCAUUAGGUCAUUUAGCUGAAGAGACUUUUGAUGUCAUUGCCUGUUAUUUUCCUAUAGAUUUCUAUGAGGUAAAUUUCUUAUUUAAUUAUAACUAAUAACAUUAAUAAUUUUAAUUGUAUUUCACAGACAGAUGAAAGUAAAAUAACUAGAGAUGAAUUAGCAUCAAAUUUGGCUCGAUGUCUUACGUGUGUAGAUGAAUUUGCAGAUUUCUGUAUUCCUUUAGCUUUACAAAAGUUAGAAGCCACGUUAAAAAUAGCCAAAUUAGAUUCAUUAUAUUUACUGGUAAGUAAAUAUAUCAUUUUAAAAUAUAUAUUUUCAAUUGACCUAAGACCUAUAAAAUUUGUUCUAAUCAAAAUAUUUUGAUUUUGUUAAACAAAUUUAUUUAAAUUAAGUAACAAAUGAUAUAAAUUGUAAUUAUAAUACAGUCUAUACACUGAGUUUCACAAAAUUCAAAUUUGAAGAUUUAUAAAUAUUACAUUUUUACAUAAAAAUAAUAAUCAGAAACAAUAACAAUCUAAACAAAAUUUGAUUUUAUAAAUUUAAUAUUCUUACAUUAAGUAAUUUUGGAUUUCACCUUUGCCUUACUGUGUGUAUUUACUAUUAAUUUAAUUUAAUGUAUUAAAAUAUAAAUUCCAUUUUUUAUAAACAUUUUUAAUAAAUUACUAUUUUCUUUAUUUAACUGUAUGGGCUUUAAACUAUAAUUAUUUAAAUAAAAAAUUAAUUCUAUUAUAUUAGAAAUUAUGUUGUGAGAACUUUGAUCCCAUCAAAAUUAAAUUACACAUAGAAGAAAUAUGGCGUAUUUUAAAAAUGUUAAUAAUGUCAGACAUUGAAGAUUCAACAGAUGAAGUUAGAGAAGCUGCAAUUGGUGUUUUGACUGGUUUAUUGUAUUCUCUAGACAUUAUUAAAGGAGAAAAUAAUCAUGAACAAUUAUCAAAUUUCUUAGAUAUUAUUCUUAAAAGUUUGUAUUUUAAAGUUUUUUAAUCUCAGAAGUUAUUAAAAUUAAGAAUCUUUCUCACAAACAUUGAAUUUUAGUGUAAAAUCAUUAAGGUUUUCAUCUAAAAAUUAUAAUUUUUUUUAUUAUGAUCACUAGCAAUGAUUUUUGAAUUAUUAAAAACUAUUUCUGAUAAAGUGAUAAGGCGUGAACUGGCUUGCGGGAUCUCAAGAAUUUUUCUUUAUAGGCCCUUUAUGUAUACACGUUUUUGGUUUUUCUUAUUUUUAAGGUACUUAUGAAUGUUUAAAAUUGAAAUCUAUUUUUUUAACUAACCAGUAGAAAAAAAUUACCCAGUAUGCGCCUGAAAGUGAUAACUUAAUAUGUUUCAAAGUAAAAUUAAUGUGAGGAAGAUACUUACAUAUGAUUAAUAAUGAGUUAAUUCAUCAUAUUUUUAUUUUUUGUAGGUUCUCAUAGAUUUUUGUUAGAUACUCAAGCAACUCUAUUUAUACCUUCAAUUAAACUUCUUUGCAGUGUUGGUAAAACUUCUAAUCAUGCUUGUUGUAAAAUAGCAAAUAAAGUAAAUUGAUAAAAAUUUUUGUUGAGUUACAGUAAUUACUAAAUUCCAUUAGUAAAACAAAUUUGUUUUGAAUUAUUUAGGUAUACUUAAUGUUAUUAGACAAAAGUGAUGUAUCACAUAUAGAAAUUGGUAGAAUCAUAGAAGCGAUGGGUUUAAUUACAAAUAUGUGCUUACAAAUGUCCAUUGACUUAUCAUGUAAGCAAUCAAAUAUGCUUGAUUGAAAUCUUAACUGGUUAUUAUUUAAAAAAAAAUAUAUCUAAUUAUUUUAAUUAUUAGCUAUACCUGGUCUAGAAACAAAGUGGGAAGAAAUAUGCUGUUAUUUUUUACUUUAUGCCCAAAACGAUUUACCAGAAGUGAAAAUAUCUUCCCUGAAAGCAUUAAGAAUAUCAACUAAAAUACUUACAAAAUCUCAGCGUGAUAAUUACUACUGCAUUAUAAGUACAUUAAUUGCAUCUAAUAUAACAGAUCAUAUUCGACAGGAAACAUUAUUGUGUUUCAAAGAGGCAGCCAAAUUGUAUAAAGAAGAAAUUAUAGAAGUUAUAGAUUCAAAUAUAAAAGUUUUAAAUGGUAAGAAAUUAUACAAAUAAAACAUUGAUAAAUAUUUUUACUUAAAAAUUAUUAAAAUAAUAUGAUAAACAACCAUUUUAGAUUCUAAUGAUAUUGAUUUAAAAUCUAAAUGGUUAAAUGCUUUAUGUUGUUUGGGGAAUGAAGAAUAUUUUUUUUCAUUAAUCAAUAAUAAUCUAUGUGCUAAUUUAUGUGAAAAAGAAAAAGAAACUCAGAUAACUCUAAAAUGUUUAAGGUGAAUAUCACAAACAAUACAUAUUUAUUUUGGUUAUUAUUUUUCUCAUAACUAAUGUUUCAGGGAUCUUGUUAAAAAUACUGAUAAUACUAAAUUGUUAAAUCAUUUUGCUUUGGAUGGUGGUCUCUUAAACUUCAUUUUAACAACUUGGAUUAAUGGCAUAAAGGACUGUGCCAAUUAUGAAGUAUUUCGAAAUGAAAUUAUUUUAGAAGAUGUAUCGUUUGUUAUUAAUUCUGUUAUAAAAAGUAUUGAUAACAGGUAAUUUUUUUUUUAAACUUUAAACUAACUUACAAUUAUUUAUUAUUUUUAUACUAAUAAAUUUCCAUAAAAAGUAUGCUCACAUCAAAUUUUAAUAAGGACUGUACUUAUUUUUCAUGAAAUGUUUUUAAUAUAAAACUUAAAUUAAAUUAUAAGUAUAUCUUCAAAGUACACACUUGCAAAAUUAUAGUUGUUGGACUCUUUUAUAUUCUAAGGAAUGUGAGAAACGUAUUAGUUUUACUAGAUUUUUUUUGUUGUCUGUUUUCGACCAUAAGUCUUGUUCCAACCAUCAACUUCUAGGGUGACUUCUGUUAUAAAUGAAGACAAUAAAUGGUUUAUUAUAGAUGUGAAUAAUUCUUAAUAAAAAAGGAAACCCCCAUAAAACUGAAAAUAUUUCACUUAAAUAAAAUUUCAUAUAAUAUUUUAUUUUAAUAGUUAAAUGAAAAAUACUAUUAUAGACCUACAAUUAUCACCAUUAUUACAAAGAAAAAUUUGUCUUAAUGAGGAAUUUUUUUAGGUAUUUAAGCUAUUGACAUUUUCUUGGUUUAUGUGGAUAAAAUUGUAGAGCAAAACAGAAAUUCUUGAAAAUAUAAUAGAAAGUUGAACAUAAUGUAGUAAAUUUUUUGUUAAAAUCUUAUAAUACCAUGUUUAAUAGAACUUAGCUCAGAAUUGUAUUUCAUCAGCAAUGAUUCUUAAUAAAUCAUUAAUGAUUUUGACUUUUAAUCUUAUUAAUUUUAUAAUUAACACACAUAGUGUACAUAAAAAAAGUCUUUGUAUUCCUUAUCAAAUUAAAAACAUGUUUUGCUCUCCUAUAAAUAUUUUAAUAUCUACAUGUAAAGUUAUAGCUAAUGAAAUUUAAUUUACUAAAAUGAUUUGCUUGUUAAUCAUAUUAUUAUGAAUCAUAUUAUGUAUGAAAUUAUGUAAUGUUAUUUUCUAUUUGUAUUAUCUUGUUACUCGUGUUGUAGGUAGGUAGGUAGGUGAGUGUUGGAUAGUAGACAGAAAUAUAAAACAGAGAAUGAGUGUAUCAGAGAUUAGAAUGCUUAGGUAAAUUAAUGGGAUGUCAAAACAUAAGUGUACCUUUAAUAGUAGAAAAAUUAAAGAAAAUAGACUGAGAUAGUUUUGGCAGGUUAUGAGGAAUCAAAAGUAGUCAUGAUGGUAAUACAAAUAAAUCUAGGAGGAAAAAGGAAGUGGAAGCUCAGUAAAAAUUGGUUUGGAUGCAAUUGUGAAUAAUAUGGAGACACUCAAAGAUAGUGUAUAAUGGGCCCAACAUAGGAAUAGGACUUUGAAGAAAAAUGUUUUUGAAAUAAAACAAAUUCCAACUUGAGUUUAUAAAUAAUUAAUAUUUUCCACACAAAAAUCUAUAAGUCUAAUAAAAAAAUUCACAAAAAUAAUACAAGUCUAAAUAAUUCAAUUCACAAACAUCAAAAAAUAUUCUAAGUACAAUUUAAUUUCACACACAAAAUUAUUACAAGUACAAAAAUAAUUCAUAAAACAGAGUGACUUAAAGUUGCUUACAUUUGAUCGUCAUAGACUCUUCUGAUUAGAUUAUGAUUCGGGCGGCAUCAUAUAUGCUCCGAGGGACCUCCGCAACCUGUUGUUUAUUGUGUGGCUAUCUACAUUAUUUCAUUUAUUGUACAUUUUUUAUAUUAUUUUAUAUGUUAUCGCUAAUGUUUUAUGUUAUGCACAAUUUGCAGUUGUAAAAGGGUACAUUUUACUAUUGCUUCGGUUCGCCCUCAUUUGGUGCUGGUUGAAAGGUUAAUAAAUUGCAUAGGCCUAGCUUUGGGAUGUGUUCUUCUCUUGUGGAAUGGUCAACCUUUUUCGAAUAAUUCGGCAUGCACUCAAUUGAACCCGACAUUUACUACGGGUUCACGUGAGUAUACUUAUAGUAGCAUGUGGGUCCGUAACAAGUGUAUACAAUGUAAGAUAUCAAGUGGCCCCAAAUAGCUGGGAUGAAGGCAAAGGAUGAGGAGUAGUUAUUUUACUACUUUUCUGUUAAAUGUUAAGAUAGGUAAAAAUAUUGUGAUUUAUUAGGAAUAUUGGUGGGUGGAUACUGGAUAGAUUAUAGGCAAGGCGGAUUAAAGGGUGGUCCAGGGGCCAUAUCUCUGGGACCCACGUAUGUAAAGGACCCAUAGUCUUUGUAGCUUAAAAUUACAUCUAGUAGUAAUUUGUACUUUUUAUAGUGCCCAAGAAUUUUAUAAUUUUUUUCUUGUUUGAACUAACAGGCCUGUCCAAACAACCCGCCUACCAUGUUUACCACUACGAGUAUGAUGGGGCCACAUGGCUAGGUUUUUGUAUGUAGGAAAUAGAAAAUAGGAAUAUAUUUUGUUAUCACUGUAUUUAAUAAUAGGAUUAUUGGGAAAAUACGUUUAUGGGAGUAUGUAACUAUUGUGGGUAUUCAAAACUUAGAUUCCUUCUGAUUACAACAGUCUGCUGUCUAUACUCUAUACUGCAUUAUUAGUUGUUGCUAAUUGUGCCGCAGGAGCAUUUUCGAAAUUAGCCAUAGUUAAAAAUAAAAAGGUCUGACAUGCUUCGCACAUGGGUGUAGUCACUGUUGUAGGUGGGAAUUUAGAAUACAGACGGGAAUUUAAAGUAUAUUUGUAAGCAAUGAUAAAUCAUUGCUAACGAAAAAACGAUUCUGAGCGGAGUUCAGUUGCUUUGUCAAUAAUACAAUGUAUAGUAUAUAUCAUAUUAUGUUAAAGUGAUGUGCAUUUCCAUGACAACAAUGAUUGUUGAAAUAAGAUUAAAAUAAUGAAACUUAAUAAUAACAAAAAAUAAUGCCAACCUUAUUUUUAAUAUUUUAAUCUUUUUUAACUUAAAGAUUGAAGUUUUUCUAAUUUUUUUCGAUUAUUAAUGAGAGUUUAAUAAAAAUGACUUCUCUAAAGUAAACCUUUCUUUCAGAAAAAGUGUUAUACUUGAUAAUUAGAGUAGAAAGUGUUCAAAUAAAAAAAAGUAAAUAAAAAUCAUUGUAAAACCAUAUUACUUGCUUCACUCUCUUCACUUCAUCAAAAAUAGAUCUUCACAAACUCAAGAUAAUUUAUCAUCAUUAAUGAUAUUUUACAAAAUUUAAGCUUUGAUAAAACUUUAGAAGCAUUUGUUACACAAAAAGCAAAAAAAAAAAAGACUUUUACCUAAAAUACAUACUUAAUUUUAUUUGUAGAUAUAAUAAAAAAUAAUAUGUUUUUAAUAUUUUUAUUAUACUUAAUUAAAGUUUUAAAUUUGUUUAAUUAUACAUUUUUAUUAUUUUAAAAAGUUGUUUUCAUUGGUGGGUGCUCACAACUAUGUAUUGGCCCCUGAAGGUCUAAAUCCAGGCUUAAUUUACGUUGCUUCCAGAUUAUUAUUUUUGGUUAGUUUUGCCAUAGCGCGCACCCAUCAGCAAUAUCAACUUUUUUAGUAGGUGAUUCUAUUUAUCAUAUUUAAAGUUAAAUUGUUUAUUAAUAUUUUACUUAUAAAAAGUAACAAUAGUUCCUCAUACAUAUAAUUAUGUUAAUACUGUUUUAUUUAUUUUAGUGAGCAGCUUCAAAUAGUUAAUCAAUAUAUCCAAUAUUUCAAUGAAAUUGUAAAUACAACAAUAAAUUACAAACAAUUAUCUGCAGUAAAACAAGACAUACAUUCAUACAUGGUAAUAAUUUAUAUUUUAUUCACUUAAACAAUCAAAUGUUAAUUAUUAAAUUGUUUUACUUUUAUCUAAGUAUCUGUAAUAUGUCCAACACAACACAAUAUUUUUGCUGAGUGAGAACACAGUGAAUUAUACAUUUGUAUAAUAUUAUUUAAAACUAAAUUAAAAAUAUCAUAUUUAAUAAUAAUAAUUAUACCAAAAUGUCAUAAUAAUCUAUGGAUUUUUGAAAAUUCAACUAUUUUUUUAUUUAACAAAUAUUUUAUUGAACCAAGCCUCUUAUUUUUAAACUAGAUUCACUCAGAAUAAUUUUUAGUUUAGAAUGUUUUAUUGAUACAUACUGCAUCAUUACCCUAUGGUAAUAUGUCAAUAUCCCAAUUUUCCACUUACACGUCUAUGGUGCAAAGUAUGUCUUAACCUUUUUCAAUAUAUUGUUUGAAUAUUAUUGACUUAUUUAAAAACUAUUCCUGUUUUAUUUAAAAUGUUACAGAUUAUUUUAUUAGAAAGUAUUUUAAAUUCAUUAAAUCAAAAUUUCAAACUUGAUAAUGUUAUUUUAUUAAUUGAAAAUAGCAUUCAAUUAUCAACAUAUUCUAAUAUUUCAAUAUGUAAUUUAUCGGCUUCACGAUUAACAGCAACAUUAAUCAAUAAAUAUAUUGACAGUAUGUUAUUAUAUACUAUUCUUUAUUAAUCAUUUUCAAUAUAUAUUUAUGUAAUAUAUAUAUUUGUAAAUUUUUCACAGGUGAAGACUACAAUGUUUUGGAUAAAUUGCAAAUAAAUUUAGUAAACAAUUUAAAUAUAAUAGACAACUCAUAUAAGAAAAAUGUAAUAAAUCAAAUAUCAUGGAUCACCAAGGCCUUAGCACUUAAAGGGCAUAAUAGAAUGCUGCAAUGGAUAGAUUGGGUAACAUAGAAAUAUUAUUUGAUAAUGUUGUACAUAAUUAAUAAUAUAUUUUAAGUUGAGGUAAUUGAUAUAAUAAAAUACAAUUGAUCAUUAGAUAUAAUUUGUAUCUAGGUAAUUUAGUAAUACAUUGUCUGCUUAGCAUAAGUUUUAACAAUUAAGAAACUCAUAAUUUUUAAAAAUAAUAGUUAUUUACUUGUUUAAUUUUCAGUCAAUACAAUUACUAGCAGACCCCAUGUAUGGAAAAACAAUGACAUUGUGUUUUAAAAUGUUGACACAAACAGAUAAUGGAUAUUUAAAUAAAGAGUGUUUUUGUUCAGUUAAGUAAGUACUAUACUAUGUGCAAAAAAUAAUGUUAGCACUCUUUUAUAUGUGUAUAAGUGUAGUAAAUAAAUAUGGUCGCAUAAUCUAUAUUAAUAAAAAAAAGUAUCUGUACUAACAGCCAAAUUUUUGCACUCAGAGAUCUUAAAUAUAUAUAUAUAUAGAAGUGGAUGAACUACACCUUGAAGCUGAAUUUCUGAAAUUCUACUCCCAAGGGUGGCUGACAGUUUUUGGUAUUUUUCAAAAUGGGUUAAUGUUUUUAUUCAAUACUAAACACGGGCAGUCAUAUGAGAUUAUUAUAAACUGAAUUACAAGGAAAAGCUAAAAAAAAAAAUUUUAAUCAUUGCAAAUAAUGUUUUAGGUUAUUAUACAGACAAAGGAUAUUUUGUUAUGUUAUUGAACCACUUAUUACCAAAUUUAACUCGAUGCCUGAACCAAUUAAAGAAAACUAUUUAAUUUGUAUUUUAUAUCAAAUGGAUGGUAAUUCCUAUGUGACACUUGCACCAUAUUUUUCCAAGGUAAUUUCAAGUUAUUUUCUUUUUUCAUAAUUAAGUAUUUAUUAUAUUAGUUUCUUUGUUUAUAAAUUAAUAUAAAAUAAGACUAAUUAUAAUCUUAUUAUUUAUUUUCUAACACUGCAGUAGCAUAUUCAGGAGAAUAGGAGGUUAUAUAAAAUCCCAAAAUUUGUUUGGCUGACUUUUAUAAUUGAUUUAUAUAUAUAUAUAUAUAUAUAUAUAUAUAUAUAUAUAUAUAUAUAUUUUAUACAGCACUUCUUGUUGUUUCAUUUUCUUGGAAAAUAAAUUCAACUAUUUUUUUCAUGUCAAGCCUACAGAGCUCUAUAUUUUGUGUCUCACUAAAGAAUAAUGCUGUCAGAAAAUUUUUUAAAUUUUCCAAAAAUUAAAUUAAUUUAUUUUUAGUUACCUGUAUAAUAAGUGUGAAUAAUACUAAAUUAUCUUUAUAAUACUUAUAUGCUCAAUUAGUUUAAUUGUUACAGAUAUUACCAGUGCUACUUCAACUUUUAUCUCCAGACCAAGUAUAUGUAUUACAGUCAUUACAAACUUUCCGCAAUCUUUUAGAAUCCAAGACUCCAAUUUUAGAAGAUCAUUUGCAGUCUUUUAUUCCAAAAUUACUAAAUAUAUCUCAAAGUUCAAAGUAUAUGAACAUACGAAUAGUAGCAUUACAAUGUUUAUACAAUUGCUGUGACUAUUCUUUAAUUAAACUAUUACCAUUAAAAAAACAAGUAACCAACAUUUUAACACUAGAUUAGUAGUUAUAUAUAUACAUAUAUAUUUAAUGACCUUUUUUAUUGUUUAUAUAGGUUAUUUUGGAACUAGGCAAAUGUUUAGAUGAUAAAAAACGAUUAGUUCGUAAAGAAGUGGUGAAAACAAAAUCUCGAUGGUUAGCUAUAGAUGUAUUGAAAGAUGAUGAUUAACAUGAACAAUGAACAUCAUCUACUAAUGAAUAAUAAUCAUGUUACAUUAAUCAUUGUAUAUUAUAUUUCAUUGUAAAACAUUAUAAUUAUGAAUUUUCAAACUGAAGGUUCUUAAAAAUAAAUUCCUUGCUAUAGAUUAAAAUUUUUUUCUUUUAAUAUAUAACAAUUAGCUUUUAAUUAUUAAUAAAUAUACUUCAAAAUGCUGUGCAAUUUUUAAGAAACAAUAGAAAUAAAGAAAUUCACACAGUUAUUUGAUCAAAAAGCUGAAAAAAAAAAAUAACACUAUUAUUCUAUUGAAUUAUGUAAAAACUAUGUAUGAUAUUAAUAUUACCUGUAAGGAUAGCCAUGUGCUUUUGAUUUGAAUAUAGACAGAAUAACACUAAAUAGGAACACUAUUAAUGCUAAACCACCAACAGUCAUUAUUUUCCGUGUUUUUGAAUCGGUUUUUUUUGUAUAUGAAUCUGUCAUUAUCACAACUCCGAACACCAAUAUUAAAUCUAUAGCUACAUUCAGGAAAAUUUUUUCAAACA